AUGGCGGGGGGUGUGGCUGUGCAGCUGACCCCGGAGGAAGAAAAGCAAAUCAUCAGGGAAAUUACUACGGCAUCAGGAGCCCAUACCAAAGCCGGCGACACAUUCUAUCUGAUUACGCAAAGAUGGUGGCAAGAUUGGCUCAAAUAUGUAAAUCAAAGCCAAACAAGCGUGAUGAACGAUGGAUCUUUCUCUGACCACAAUUCAGUUGGCUCAAGUGCAUUGGUGAGGCCUCGGAGCAUUGAAAAUUCAGAUUUGAUUUAUGAGACAGAAUCUGAGGAUUCUGCUAAGACUAUUGAGCUUCAAGAUACCUUAGUUGAAGGCACCGAUUAUAUAUUGCUUCCUGAAGGAGUUUGGAAUCAAUUAUAUUCAUGGUAUGGAGGUGGUCCCGUAUUGGCUCGAAAGGUAAUUGACUCCGGCCUUUCUCAAACAGAAUUGUCUGUAGAAGUUUAUCCCUUACGGCUUCAAUUGCAUCUGAUGUCAAAAGGCGAUCAGUCUACAAUAAGAAUAAGCAAAAAGGAAACCAUUGGUGAACUUCACAGAAGAGCUUGUGAGAUAUUUGAUCUUAAAACUAAGCAAGUAUAUAUAUGGGAUUACUUUAGCCGUCAGAAGCAUGCUUUGAUGAAUGACUUGGAAAAGACACUUGAUGAUGCAAAUAUACAAAUGGAUCAGGAUAUUUUAGUGGAGGUUAUCAAUAGUGACACUGGUGGUUGCGUGGGUCCAGUUCAGGAGAAUGGAUCUGCAGACAAUGGAGCCUUAGCUGUUGCUGCUUCACAGUCUAGUUCAUUACCUGCUGGAGGUCUUUAUGUGAACAAAUAUUCAUCUAGAAAUGGUAAUUCAGAGUUGUUGCAGAAUACAAAUGUUGAGAAGGCAUACGGACCGAGUGGCGUUAGUACAAGGGGGUCUUCUUGUGGUCUCACUGGACUGUUGAAUCUUGGAAAUACUUGCUUUAUGAACAGUGCAAUACAAUGUCUUGUUCAUACCCCUGAAUUUGCACGAUAUUUUCGAGACGAUUAUCAUCAAGAAAUAAACCGUCAGAACCCUCUGGGCAUGGUUGGUGAGCUUGCUUUAGCAUUUGGCGAGUUGCUUAGAAAAUUGUGGGCACCAGGGCGAACUCCAGUUGCCCCCAGGUCAUUCAAAGCAAAGCUUGCUCGCUUUGCACCACAAUUUAGUGGAUGCAGUCAACAUGAUUCUCAGGAGCUCCUCGCAUUUUUGUUAGAUGGACUUCAUGAAGAUUUAAAUCGUGUUAAACACAAACCAUAUAUCAAAUCUAGAGAUGCAGAUGGCCGACCUGAUGAAGAAGUUGCUGAUGAGUAUUGGGCAAAUCACAUUGCUCGUAAUGAUUCCAUAAUUGUGGAUGUGUGCCAAGGGCAAUACAAAUCAACCCUGGUCUGUCCUGCCUGUAAUAAAGUCUCAGUUACAUUUGAUCCAUUCAUGUAUCUUUCCUUGCCACUUCAAUCCACCAUCACUCGUAGUAUGACGGUAACUGUUUUUACUUGCGACGGAAGUGCCCUCCCAGCUGCUUGCACUGUAAGUGUUCCAAAGCAGGGACGUUGCAGGGAUUUGAUCCAAGCACUGAGCAAUGCUUGUUCUUUGCAACUCAACGAAAAGCUCCUGCUUGCAGAGAUAAGAGGCCACUUGAUUUACCGAUUUUUGGAGGAUCCAUUGAUAUCGCUGUCUUCCAUAAAAGACGACGACCACCUUGCUGCCUACAAGAUACCAAAAGUUUUGAAGAAAACUAAGUUUCUUCAAUUGAUACACCGCCGGGGAGAACAGGGCGCUGGUAAUUCUCAGAGCACUAUGGGGUGGAAGCCUUACGGAACCCCUCUUGUUUCUCCCAUCUCAUGUGAUGAUACUAUAACUAGAGGUGAUAUCCAGCUGAUGGUAAACAAAAUGCUCUCGCCCAUGUUAAGAAAAAAUAACACUGAAUAUCCAGAUGGUUCCAAUGCGAGACAAUCCUACGGUGGCAGUUUAAAACCAGUGACCUUCCAUAAACUUCCGCUGCAGUUGGUUGAUGAAAAUAAUGCUUGCAUAGAUUUAACUGUUGGUGAGGAUAAGGUGGUUAAGUUGUCAUCAUCAUCUAUGUCGAUCCUUGUAUUUGCUGAUUGGUCACAAAAGCUUUUGGGAAGUUACGAUACCAGCCACUUAGAAACCUUGCCAGAAGUUUGUAAAUAUGGGCAUGUAAACAAGAAAGCUCGAACUGAACCUCUCUCAUUGUACACUUGUUUGGAAGCUUUUCUACGUGAAGAGCCAUUGGUCCCUGAAGACAUGUGGUAUUGUCCCCAAUGCAAGGAGAGGCGCCAAGCAAGCAAGAAGCUGGAUCUUUGGAGGCUUCCUGAAGUGCUGGUUAUUCAUCUUAAAAGGUUCUCUUACAGCAGAUCGAUAAAGCAUAAGCUAGACACAUUUGUAAAUUUUCCAAUUCAUGACUUCGAUGUGACUAACUACAUAGCCAACAAGAACACCCCGCGUCAGAUCUAUGAACUCUAUGCCUUGACAAAUCAUUACGGUGGCAUGGGAAGUGGGCACUAUACAGCACAUAUUAAGCUUCUUGAUGAAAAUAGGUGGUACAACUUCGACGACAGCCACAUAUCAGUAAUCAAUGAAGAAGAUGUCAAAUCAGCUGCUGCUUACGUGCUAUUCUACAGGAGGGUGCAUUCAGAUAAAUCUUCAGCAAGUAAUGGUGCAUACUCGACCGGCGAAUGCCAGAACUACCAUAACUGA